CCCAUUUCGAGAUUGCGAACUCAUUCUUGUUAGAAGUUUGUCGUUCUACUAUUUUGAAAAUAUAAUUCGAUUUGUCAAGCUGUUACCAUUUUAUUGAUUAAUCACCUUCAUCAACUCCACAAUUUGAGUGACUGAAAUGGCGACUGAAACUUUAGUCCCUCUUGAAUCCAAUCCCGAUGUCCUGAACAAGUUUUUGCAAAAGCUCGGCGUACCAAACAAAUGGAAUAUUGUAGAUGUCAUGGGACUUGAUCCUGAAACGCUUUCGUGGGUACCUCGCCCUGUGCUUUCCGUAAUGCUACUUUUCCCAAUUUCUGAUGCUUACGAAAAUCACAAAAAGACUGAAGAAAAUGAGAUUCUGUCCAAAGGGCAAGAAGUUUCUGGAAAUAUUUUCUAUAUGAAACAAAAUAUCAGCAAUGCAUGUGGGACUAUAGCUCUUGUACAUAGUGUGGCCAACAAUACGGACAUAAUUGAAUUAUCUGAUGGUCAUAUGCAGAAAUUUUUAAAUGAAGCUAAAGGACUUGAUGCUACUGCUCGUGGUAAAUUGUUGGAAAAGUCUGAAGGCAUCAUUAAUGCUCACAAGGAAUUGGCUCAAGAAGGCCAAACAAAUACACCAAGUGCUGAAGAUCCCGUCAACCAUCAUUUUAUCAGCUUUGUCCAUAAAGAUGGGGCGUUGUAUGAGUUAGAUGGCCGUAAAGCUUUUCCUGUCAAUCAUGGCCCAACUUCACAGGAAACUUUGUUGGAAGAUGCAGCAAAAAUUUGCAAAGAAUUUAUGGCUCGCGAUCCGAAUGAAGUACGCUUUACAGUCAUUGCUCUAGUAGCAUCUGAUUAAUUGAUUGGUUUUUUAAGUUUCGAGCAACAAAAAAGCUGUUGAGUGAUGUCCAGCUUUGCUUAGUAAAGCUUCAAAAGUAUUCUAUUAUUCUAUGCUAAAGGUGCAAUUCAAGCUUAUGUGAUAAUAAAUUAUUUAUAUUGAA